AUGAAGGUUAUGGUCGCGGACAUAAUGAGGAAUAUCACUCAUCGUCAAGCUAGACAGCUCCUCCACAACAAAUUUGUUGUUGUGCUUGGGGAUUCAAUUCAGAGGUCUGUGUACAAAGACUUGGUGUUGCUUUUGCAGAAGGACUCGUAUCUGACUUUGUCCCAACUCAAAAGUAAGGGAGAGUUGUCUUUUGAACAAGACAGCCUAGUAGAGGGUGGAAGGCUAGGUCACAUGACUAAUGGCACAGAGUACCGAGAGGUGCGUCAGUACCGCUCAGACCACCACCUGGUCCGAUUUUACUUCAUCACGCGAGUUUUCUCCCACUACAUGGAAAGCAUCCUUGCUGAUUUCAAGCGGGAGCUGAAACCAGAUGUGGUAAUAGUCAACUCCUGUGUCUGGGAUGUGUCAAGAUACAACCGUAAGUGGGUCAAGGAGUACAAGGAGAACCUGAAUAAGUUUUUUUGGCAGAUGAAGACUAUUCUACCAGAGGAAAGUCUCAUAAUGUGGAACAUGACCAUGCCACUGGGCAAGAAGAUAGUAGGUGGCUUUCUGGUACCAGAGAUUGAGCAUGUAGGCCCAGCGCUACGCUACGACGUGAUCGAGGCCAACUUCUACAGUGCCACGCUGGCCGAUGCGUACGGCCUAGACGUUCUCGACCUGCACUUCCUGUUUCGCUUUAGCCUCCACCACCGCAUGAAGGACGGGGUUCACUGGAACGCCGUGGCACACCGCCAGAUCACAUGUCUGCUACUUUCUCAUGCCGCCCAGGCCUGGGGUGUGGAGCUGCCCAAGCCCCCAGCCACGGGCCUGUAUAGGGACAGAAGGUAUGGUAACCCUCAAAUAGAGCCUAAUGACUCCAGCUACACAGGUCCUAUGUGGCAGGAGCUCCGGCCGUAUGAAGGCAUUGGGCCACAUUUUUAUGAAGACGGCUUUUCUACACUCGCUCACUUCAGCGCUGGUUACUUGAGCUCUGACAAUGUUGAGGGAAACAAUGGUGGCAACAAUAGCCUGCCUCGUCCUAAUGGCAAACCUGUGUCUGCUGCCCCCUCCUGGCCAGGGAGUAAGUUUGUGAUGAAGAAAAAACACAGAAAACGACAGCAUAACCCAUAUACUCGGCAGAAGCCAAAACCUCUCAAUGGAUACUGA